AGCCUGUGUGGGGCCCUCCGAGGGCUGCUGAGAGUGUCCAUAGCUGAGGAGCAGCUGGAGCUGCUGUAAGAGUCCUCAGGCCUGUGGUCUCGGUAGAAGAUUCUCCUAUCCAAGUUCAGCAGCGCCUCUGCUUUUUCUUGUCCUUUCUUUUCCUGUAGAGCUCUCUUCCAUUUUUGAUUUUGCUCCGUGGGAAUCUUGCUUGUUUUUCUUUGUUUUGAGAGAGGGUUUCUCUGUAUAGCCCUGGAACUUGCUCUGUAGACUGUUGGUGUACUUUUUAAUUUAUAUUUCUUAUUUUUUUCCUCCCUACUAUACCUCAAUCCCUCCAUCACCCCAACAUCAGGUGGAGAGAGAAAGGGUUAGUGGGAGAGGGGGCCCAGUUCUCUUAGCUGCUUCCUCUGGUCAGAUUUAAACUAUUUAUAGCUGGCAAAGAGCCCUCUCAGCCUGCACGAGGCAAAUAGUCUGCUGCUGUGGACCAUCUGAAUCAGUCCCAUAUCCUACAUUUGGAAUCAAAACAAAAACAUGUUUACAUUCACAACAGUAGACCAGGCUGGCCUCGAACUCACAAGAGAUCUGCCUGCCUUUACCUUCAGAGUGCUGGGAUUUAAGGCAUGCACCACCUCCGCCCAGCCUCCACAGGAGUCUUUUUGAGCCAUUUGUCAGCUUUGUGGAUUGAUUUAGUUAAAUGUUGACAUUUAACUAAUGUUAAAUGUUGGCAGCUCUGGGCCUGUCCUGUCCACCUGGGAGCCCAGUGUUGCUGUGGGCUGUUGAUGCACUGUCUCCCAUGCUGAGGAGAAAUCACUGGGUUGGGUUGAAUUUUGUGUGACAAGAUUGUCGUGUACAGGGCUGUCUCUCGGAAUCAAAAGUGUGCUUGGCAGGGCAGCUAGCAGCUAACGUGUGCUAGGUAACCAAUAUUCAGAGUUAUAGCAUCGUUUUACUAAAUCAGUCCUCACCAAGCUGAUGAAUUCCUUUGGUCCCAGAACUUGUAGGUUGAUCCCCUGGUGCACAAGGAGGCAGGCGUUAGGAAAGCAGACUGCAGGUCACCAAGGAAGCUUCUGCAUGCUGUGUGUCAUGCAGAACCACAUGGUCCAGGCCUUUGCCAACAGCGGCAACGCCAUCAAGCCUGUCUCCUUCAUCAGAGACCUGAAAAAGAUUGCCCGGCACUUCCGAUUUGGGAACCAAGAGGAUGCACAUGAAUUCCUACGGUACACCAUCGAUGCGAUGCAGAAGGCCUGCCUGAAUGGCUAUGCUAAGUUGGAUCGGCAGACUCAGGCUACUACCCUGGUGCAUCAGAUCUUUGGUGGCCAUCUCAGAUCCCGAGUGAAGUGCUCUGUGUGCAAGAGUGUCUCAGACACAUAUGAUCCCUACUUGGACAUAGCGCUGGAGAUUCGGCAAGCUGCAAAUAUCGUGCGUGCUCUGGAACUUUUUGUGAAGCCAGAUGCCCUGAGCGGAGAGAAUGCUUAUAUGUGCGCUAAGUGCAAGAAGAAGGUUCCAGCAAGCAAGCGCUUCACCGUCCACAGAGCGUCCAACGUCCUAACUCUGUCCCUCAAACGCUUUGCCAACUUCAGUGGCGGGAAGAUCACCAAGGAUGUCGGCUACCCCGAGUUCCUGAACAUGCGUCCCUACAUGUCGCAGAGCAGUGGUGACCCUGUCAUGUAUGGGCUCUAUGCUGUCCUGGUGCACUCAGGCUACAGCUGCCACGCUGGACACUACUACUGCUACGUGAAGGCCAGCAAUGGACAAUGGUACCAGAUGAAUGACUCCUUGGUCCAUUCCAGCAAUGUCAAGGUGGUUCUGAACCAGCAGGCCUACGUGCUCUUCUAUCUGAGGAUUCCAGGCUCUAAGAAAAGUCCUGAGGGCCCUGUCUCCAGGGUGGGCUCCACUCUUCCUAGCCGUCCCCAUGUCAUCCCAGAUCACCCCAAGAAGAGCCCUGGCAAUGGGGUCGUUUCCUCCCCGCUGAUGGCAAAGCGACAGGACUCUGUGAUGAUGAAGAAGCUGCAGGCCCCUGAGGAGGUGGGAGUGCCUGUGUCCAGGAACGGCUCUGUCCCUGGUCUGAAGUUACAGAACGGAUGUGUUCCUGCAAAGACACCUGCCGGGUCCCCUUCCCCGAGACUCACCCCAACACCCACACACACGCCCACCAUUCUGGACGAGCCUGGAAAGAAGGUGAAGAAGUCAGCCCCACAGCAGUCCCUGACUGCAUCCCCGACCACUUCUCAGGGCUCUCCUGGGACCAGCGAAUCCAAGAGCCAGCGGCCUGGUUCCUGGGCAAGCAGGGACACCAUCUUCUCUACCUCACCAAAGCUCCUGGCCAAAGCCAUUACUAAUGGGCACAGGCUGAAGGGGGAAGGCAAUGGUGUGGACCUGGAGAAGGCAGCCUCAAGCAGCUCGAGCCCCGAGCAUUCUGCCAGCAGUGACCCUGCCAAGACCCCACAGACCCCAGAGGGCAGAGCUGUGCAUUUCUGUGACUCUCAGGGAACAAACUGUCCCACCCCUGGCCAUUCCAAAGCGCUGUUGAAUGGGGUAGAUCCCAAGAUGGUGAAGCUGAAGUCGCCUGCCCUGAGCAGCACCACCGAGCCCACAAGCCUCAUGUCUCCUCCACCAGCCAAAAAGCUGGCCCUGUCGGCCAAGAAGGCCAGCACCCUACGGAGGGCGACCGGCAAUGACAUCCGCUCACCUCCCCCCUCAGCACUCUCCGACCUCACCUACCCCAUGAAAGCCACCCACCCCGUCGUUGCCUCCACUGGGCCUGUCAGUAAAACCAGGGCUGUUGCACCUGCCCCCCAACCAUCUGCCCUCCUGAAGCAUCCUGUCAGCCCCCACUCUGCAUCACUGUCCAGUAGUAGCGCCAAGCCCUUAGGGACAUCCGAGCCACAGAGCGGCUGCUCCUCUGCCUGGACCCCCCUGCCUCAGGUCAAUGGACACUUCAUGCCCCGGUUACACCAGCUGCCAGAGGCCAGCCAGGCCCUGCACAGCCUCUCCAAAAAGAGGAAAAAGACCCCCGAUGGAGAUCUCCAGAGACUGGGCACAGACACGCACCUCCCACAGUGCCCCAGGGGAGCCCCUACAGCAGCACGCAGGAAGAGAAGAAAGAAGAAGUGCCUGGAGGACAUGGCUGCCACAGCUCCCCAGCAGAAAGGUCAGCCGCAGGACCAGCCUGGGAGUGCCAGGGGCCGGAAGGAAGAGGGCACACAGCCCCAGGUAAAUGGCCAUCAACUGAGUCACAUCCUGGACAGUCACCAUGUGAGCAGCAGGAAGAGGAGGAAGAGGAAGAGAUCAGAAGGACUCAGCCAGGAAGCCACCCUGUCCCAGGCCCUGCUACAGCAUGGCUGCUCUCCUGCAGACCACUGUGAGCCCGAGGCCAGGACAGAGUUGCAGAGAAAGAAGAAAAGAAAAAGAAAGCAUGAGACACCACAGGAGGAAGAAGAAAAUGAGCACCCGGAAAGCCGUUGGAGUCUGAGGCCCAGUGUCACCCCAGUCCCUGAACUGAGCAUGAAUGGUCAUCCUUCUGGUGACCGCCUGGGGCUGGUGCCAGCGCCUCUUGUCGCCUGGAACAGAGAUAAAGAACCCGAUGUGGUCCAGGAGUUGCUCCGGGACUCAUCUGAUAAAGCUUAUGGGAAAAAAGUUUUGACCUGGGAAGGUGAGCCUUCAGCCGUCAGUCAGGACGCCAUCAAAGACAGCAGACUGGCCCGGAUGCACACCGUGGUGGACGACUGGGACGAAGAGUUUGAUCGAGGGAAGGAGAAGAAAAUUAAGAAGUUCAAGAGAGAAAAGAAGAGAAACUUCAAUGCCUUCCAGAAGCUUCAGAGUAGACGGAACUUUUGGUCUGUGACUCAUCCCGCUAAGGUCACCAGCCUCAGCUAUCGUCGCUGA